AUGACGAUAGUAAGAUUAGCUACCUGUGUAUCUGGCGUAUACGCCUGUUUCCUACUAUGGGCUCUCGUACAGGAGAAAUUAUCUACCACGGCUUAUACCAAUGGAGAAAACGAUGACGUCUAUUUCAGAUCGUCGCUUUUCCUCAACACAGUUCAAUCGCUAGCUUCUGCCUUGUCUGCUUUUGUUUACUUGAACGUACGUAGGACGCCGGGACAAUCAAUCAAGCAGCUUUUAGCAUUUAAUGGUGGUAAAACAAAAUAUAUGUUGACCGGAAUCGUACGUGUUGCAGUGUUACAAGCUAUAGCACAAGUUUUAGGUUUCACGUCUUUAAAACACAUAAGUUAUCCAACUAUGGUGUUAGCAAAGUCAUGCAAGUUGGUUCCAGUUAUGCUUAUGAAUGUCUUAAUCUAUAGGAAAAAAUUCGCUCCUUACAAAUACGCAGUCGUUUUGUUAGUAACUAUUGGUAUUAGUAUGUUCACGUUACUCAAGAAGUCAUCAAAAGCGUCCACACAAACUGACAGUUCAUUCGGCUUGUCAUUGCUAUUUGCGAAUCUUAUCAUCGAUGGACUGAUCAAUAGCAGUCAAGAUGCGAUAUUCCAAAAUCAUUCAAUAAAUGGUACACAAAUGAUGUUUUGGAUGAACUUGGCAUCAAGUGCGGUCACUUCAACUGCGAUGAUAGUCGGAUUACCUGCCAUACCCCUUCUCGGAAAGACUGAUAGCACAUCCCCAGAAAUCUACUCCGCGAUACACUUUGUUAAGGCCCAUCCAGAGGUUUUGAAAGAUAUCGGAAUGUAUGCAGGUUGUGGCGCUCUGGGACAACUUUUUAUUUUUGAAACACUCCAACAUUUUGGAUCACUUGCAUUAGUUACCAUUACACUCACCAGGAAGCUUUUUACGAUACUUCUUAGUGUCUUUAUUUAUAAUCACAAGCUUUCGUCAGGUCAAUGGGCUGGUGCAGCUACAGUUUUCGCGGGUAUUUCCGUAGAGGCAGCUGUAAAACGCAAGGAGGUACUUGAUAAGAGAGUAUUUGAAGAGAAAAAGCGAUCCGAACUAAAAUCUCUUUGAGUUGUAUUAUAGAAAUGCAUUGUAGUAACAUAAUAGGUAUAAAUCUCUGAUUGGUAUUAAUUUUGAAGGAUGAUCGUGCGCGCAUUUGGAGCAACUAUGGCAUCUUUGAGCGAUCCAGAGUUGAUUAACUCGAGAUGCUCCAAAUCAUUUAGUAUGAUAUGUCGAUGUGCCGGGACAUCUUGCUUAAGAUUCCUAAUGCUCAAAAAUCUCAGGCCUUGUUGAUCUGCGAUAAAGUUCUGUGCAGCUCCAAUAUCCAAUACUGUAUUUGUAAAGUGCAUUGAGAGACUCCUCAAAUUGCAUGAUAUUGGGAGCAGAUUCGGGAAUGUGUUGACGAGGUGAAGAUUCUCCAAUCCAUUGGUAUGUCGCAAAAUUGCCUCAUCUGGAUCAAAAUAAUCUGAUGCAUUAGAUGCUUCUACGUGAACAUAGAGAGUUGUAGUUGGUGGGGGUCUAAACUUCAGAGCAUGACUUUUUGUCAAACCAUAGUAGCCUUUCAACCUUAUAGAAUGUAAGGGAGACUUCCCGCCUUGUAUAGCAUCUAAAUAGCUUGUCAUAGUCUCAUCUGCAUUGUCAGUGAGCCAUUCAACGCGUUUAAUGGGAGUAUUAGCUCGAGAAAGUAUCAAAUUGAGCCAGGAAUUAAACGGUUGAGAGGCUGUGUUGCGUAUAGCCCUUCUAUCAAUAGAAACACUGGUCCAAGGUUCGUGCAUCGAAAGCAUUAUUGUUCUCCAAUUCCUAUUGAGAAGCGACAUUUUCUGAGUGCAUGCGUAAUCAACGCUACUCAAAUAGCACAUAAUUAAUUCCCAAACUUCUAAUGGAAAUAUUUCAAGUGGUUCACUUAGAUUCAUUUU